UUGCAUUAAUAAUUAAAGGCAAAAGACAAUUAGACAAACCCUCAACUAACAUCAAAUCAUAUUUUACUAAUGUGCCAUUGUGAAUUGUGAGUUGUGACGGCAAAAGUUUGUACUCUUUGGUAACCCUUGUUUGCUUCUUUCGAUCUUUUUACUCUUCUCCUGUCUUUCAUCAUCCUUCGAUCUUUCUCUUCAUUGUCAAAUUUUGGCAAUUACAAAUCAAUCAACCCAGAUUCACUAUUUCAGGUUUUUUAGGUCACUCUUUUCUUUCUUUCUUUUUCACCCCCUAAAAAAAACAUCAACUCAACCUUCGACCGUUACAAAAAAAAAAAAAAAAAAAAAUCCAAAAAAAGAGAAAGAAAGGGGAAGAACACUUCAGCCUCAAGCUUCUUCCUUUAUCAUACCCACCUAGGGUUUUGCAUUCCUAGGUCUAGGGUUUUUUUUGGGUCAAUUUAGUUUGUAAUAUCCCAUUUCAUUAAAACCCAGUUAAUGGGUUUUUGAGGUUUGUAGCAAAUUUGGUAGAUUUUGGGUAUUAAUCAAGUAGUUAUUUGAAAAAUAAGAUGAUUGCCGAAAAACCCAGUUGGAUUAGGCAUGAGGGUAUGCAGAUUUUCUCCAUUGAUAUUCAACCUGGUGGUCUUAGGUUUGCUACUGGUGGUGGAGAUCACAAGGUGAGAAUAUGGAACAUGAAAUCUGUUGCUAGAGAUUCUGACAAGGACGAUCAGACACACCGAAAUCUUGCAACUCUUCGUGAUCACUUUGGUUCAGUUAACUGUGUCAGAUGGGCCAAACAUGGUCGGCACAUUGCAUCAGGGUCUGAUGAUCAAGUGAUUUUGAUUCAUGAAAGGAGACCUGGUUCAGGAACCACUGAAUUUGGUAGUGGUGAGCCUCCGGACAUCGAAAAUUGGAAAGUUGUCAUGACUCUAAGGGGACACACUGCAGAUGUGGUGGAUCUUAAUUGGUCUCCAGAUGACUCAAUGUUGGCUAGUGGAAGUCUCGAUAACACAAUCCACAUCUGGAAUAUGAGCAGUGGAAUUUGCACGGCAGUUCUCCGAGGUCAUGCUAGUUUGGUUAAAGGUGUCACUUGGGAUCCCAUUGGCUCCUUUAUAGCUAGCCAAUCUGACGACAAGACUGUUAUUGUAUGGAGAACGACCGAUUGGAGUCUUGCCCACAAGACCGAAGGCCAUUGGGCCAAAUCCCUUGGGUCAACAUUUUUUAGGCGGCUUGGGUGGUCUCCUUGUGGCCAUUUCAUAACAACAACUCAUGGUUUCCAAAAGCCCAGACAUUCAGCACCUGUGUUAGAAAGAGGCGAAUGGGCUGCUACUUUUGACUUCUUGGGACAUAAUGCCCCAAUUAUAGUUGUGAAAUUCAAUCAUUCAAUGUUCAAAAGAAAUUUCUCCAAUCCUCAGGAUGUUAAAUCUUCAUCUGCUGGAUGGGCUAAUGGGACUUCAAAAACUGGAGGAAAAGACUUACAGCCAUAUAAUGUUAUUGCCAUUGGUAGUCAGGAUCGUACUAUAACUGUCUGGACUACUGCAAGUCCACGUCCUCUCUUUGUGGCAAAGCAUUUUUUCACUCAAAGUGUUGUUGAUUUAUCUUGGAGCCCUGACGGAUACUCACUUUUUGCCUGUUCCUUAGAUGGCUCGGUAGCAACAUUUCAUUUUGAAGUUAAAGAAAUUGGUCAGAGGCUAACAGACGAGGAAUUAGAUGAAUUAAAGAAAAGCCGCUACGGCGAUGUUAGGGGCCGGCAAGCUAACUUAGCUGAAAGCCCUGCACAACUGUUACUUGAAGCAGCUGCAGCGAAGCAAACCCCAAGUAAGAAAGUUACCAUGGAUGUGCAGCAGGAGCAGGUAGCUUCAAAGCCUUCGUCUGAUUUGGGGAUUGUGACAAAGGUCUCUGAAUCACAUCUUGACAAUGGAAAGAAAAAUGGAGGAAUAAACUCUGAGGGUUUAAAUAAAGUGGCUUCUUCUGCUCGUGUUUCUAGUCCUGUGAAGCAGAAAGAAUAUAGGCGGCCUGAUGGUAGAAAAAGGAUUAUACCUGAACCUGUGGGUAUGCCUCCGCAGCAAGAAAACAUAACUGCUGCGCCCCAGUCUCAAGCACUUGAUCUAUCUCUAGCCUCUUCUGAUGGAAGAAUAGACUCAAGUGUUGCUAAAGUUAGGAGAACCCUUGGAGCAGGUUCUGAUGUUAAGGAACGUAGUGGGGUCACGGCCAAGGCUUGCUUUAGUGAUAGUUUGGUCAUUGAAAGAGUUCCAGUUGCUUCAAGUAGAGAUGAUGGUAUUCUUGUUGAAUCUUCAAGCAUUGCAAAGGCCUCAAGUUCUUUAGCCGCUUGUAAUGCUAAUUUUGCAAUAAAGGUUGUAGAUAAGAAGGAGGGUACUGAUGCAAUGCCACUUACAUUGGAAGCUCGCCCUAGAGAGCAUGCAGUUAGUGACAUCGUUGGCUUGAGUAACAUGUCAUUGGUGAAGGAAACAGAAAUUGUCUGUAGUAGAGGAUCCCAAACUUUGUGGUCUGACCGUAUUACAGGGAAGGUCUCAGUUUUGGCUGGAAAUGCUAACUUCUGGGCUGUUGGGUUCGAAGACGGUUGUCUACAGGUGUACACAAAAUGUGGAAGGCGUGCCAUGCCAACCAUGAUGAUGGGUUCUGCUGCAGUGUUUGUUGAUUGCGAUGAAUGUUGGAAAUUGUUGCUUGUCACAAAGAAGGGGUCUUUGUAUUUGUGGGACUUAUUUAACCGAAGUUGUCUUCUUCAAGACUCAUUGGCAUCUUUGAUUACUGCUGAUCCAAAUGCUUCUUCUAAAGAUGCAGCUGCUAUAAAAAUAAUUUCCGCAAAGCUGUCAAAGUCUGGUUCACCUCUUGUUGUAUUAGCCACUCGUCAUGCUUUUCUCUUCGAUAUGAGUCUGAAGUGCUGGCUUCGAGUAGCUGAUGAUUGCUUCCCUGCAUCAAACUUUGCAAGUUCCUGGAAUUUGGGCUCCUCUCAGAGUGGCGAGCUUGCGACAUUACAGGUGGACGUGAGAAAAUUCUUGGCAAGAAAGCCAGGUUGGAGUCGGGUGGCUGAUGAUGGUAUGCAAACCCGUUCGCACUUGGAGGCUCAAUUAGCAUCAGCUUUGGCAUUGAAAUCUCCAAACGAAUAUCGCCAAUGUCUUAUGUCAUAUGUUCGAUACCUUGCCAGAGAAGCUGACGAGUCUCGACUACGAGAAGUAUGUGAGAGUUUCCUUGGACCUCCUACUGGGAUGGGUGGUGCUGCAAUAGCAGACCCUAACAUCGCGUGGGAUCCUAGUGUUCUUGGAUUGAAGAAACACAAACUCUUGAGAGAAGACAUCCUUCCAGCUCUGGCAUCAAAUAGGAAAGUACAGAGGCUUCUAAAUGAAUUCAUGGAUCUUCUUUCUGAAUAUGGAAGUGCUGAAACGCACAAGGAACAAAACAACUCUAAUUUUCCAAUGACAGCCACCCAGGCUACUGCCCGGGCAGAUGUGAUUCCGUCAUUAAAUGAUAUACAACAAGCUGAUCCACCUGUAUUAAACCAAAUAAUAGACUUGGUCCCUCGAAAACCAGAACAAGUGGACAUUACACCGUCCACUAGAGAUCACCAAAUGGAUCACUCCACUGAUCCAACAGAUCAAACAAAUCAGAAUACAGAAGCAGAAGAUCUGACCUUAAUCCCAGGAAAGGAUGGUGUCAAUUUAGUGAUGGUGAAGGAUCAGGUAAACCAGUUAACGUCUUCUGUGGAACCAGUGAAUGCAGACGUGCCCAGGGCAGAGAAGGUAGUAGUAGCUCUGCCUGCCAAAGGUACAACUCUUGGCAUGAUUUAAUCACAGUAGUUUUGGUCUUCAAGAGGUAUGUAAUUUCGAGGAUUAUACACAUUUGGAUAUAACUCAUAUAAGAAUGUCUCUGGGCAUGUUAUAUUAGCAGGGAAGCAGGGGACUUGGCCUCAAAAGUUGUAUAUAGAGAUGGAAUUGAAUGAUUGCUAGCAGUCUAUACUAUGUGUAAUGUUGGUGCCGAGGUUGAUUACCUUACAUGGGCAAUUGUCCCUGCACUUUUUAGGCUUUUUUAGAAUCUAGAUAAUAGCUGCGUAAAUAUAUUAUCUUACCAUCUGAAGCUGGAAUAUUGUUCAGCUAUAAAUUGUUGUUUUGAAUUUUUACUAGCCAUUAUCUUACCAUCUUUCAUACA